GGUCGUUGUCGGUGGCACGGUGCCCAGGACGGGUGCCAGAUCUUCAGCGGCCCCAUGAAUCGGCUCCUCAGUCGGUAGCCAGAGAGUGAAACGUCGCCCCGCGGAGGUGCAGCUGCCGAACGCUGUGCCCUGGACUGUGCCGCUGAGACCGUGCGUGUCUUCGUUGACCGGUUGUGAGUUGUGUGGCAGUGCCAGACGGAGGUGCGAAGUCGGUCCGCGGUUUGGAUAGCGACAGGAGUGCGGGUCAGUGAGCAUUAGAGCAGCUGUUUGUGACCAAAAGGAAGAGACAGAAGACACCAAUCACCAACCAUGGCCAUCACCAGCCUCAUGGGAGACGUCGCGAUGACCAUCAAGGGCAAAAUGCCCGGUCAGGUCAACAUUGACAACAAGGUGUUCCAGCUCCACUACCGACUCACCACCUUCCUCUUUCUCGGAUUCUCCAUUCUGUCGACGACAACGAGUCUAAUUGGCCACCCGAUAAACUGCUUCUGCCGCGACUGCGAGGAGAAGGGCAUCAGCAAGGAGGUGAUCAACACCCACUGCUGGAUUACCGGCACCUACACGCUGCCCAACAAGAGCGCCGUCACCAUGCGCAAAAUCGGCUUCGAGAGCCAUUUCUACGGCCUGGGCACUCAGGAACCAAACGAGUACCGCAAGUACCACCUGUACUAUCAGUGGGUGCCGUUUGUGUUAUUCAUACAGGGCGUGCUGUUCUACCUGCCACACUGGAUGUGGGAAAUCAACGAGGACGGUAGGGUGCACGCGCUGGUUCACGACAUGCGCCUGCCUAACAUGGACAAAGACACGCUCAAGAAGAAGAUUGGCAAUCUGAGCAUGUACGUCAACGAAACACUCGGAUCCUACGAUGGCUACUACUUACGCUUCCUCUUGUGCGAUUUUCUGAACAUUGUCAACGUGUUCGCCAACAUGUUCCUUAUCGACCACUUCAUCAACCACGAGUUCUUGACCUACGGCCCGCGCUGUGUUCGCUACUUCCAAGACCCGAGCAAGGUGGACGUCAGCCCCCUGACCUUCACCUUCCCGAAGCUGACCAAGUGUGAGUUCCAGCUGUACGGCGUGUCCGGCACCGUGCAGAACUUGGACGCCCUCUGCGUGCUGGCGCUCAACAUCCUCAACGAGAAGGUGUACCUCUUCCUAUGGUUCUGGCUGGUCAUCCUCAGCUGCAUCACCUGCGUCGUCUUCUUCUUCCGCACGUCACUCAUGUUCGUGAAGCGAUUCCGCGUGCCUCUCUUCCAGCGGCGCGCUCACACACUACGAUCACAGGACAUCAAGGACGUGGUCCGCAACAUCAAGGUCGGCGACUUCUUCUUCCUUAGUCUGUUGGCUAAGAACCUGGACAUCACGGCUUUCCGGAUGUUCCUGGCGCAUCUGGCGCGGGCGAUGAGGAAGCAGGGUGGUUUGGGCCCGGCUGCCAGGAGCGCUCAGAAUCGGCGGCCGCCCACUGGUGGUCACACUGGUCAGAGUCAGCAUCAGGAGGGUCACGGGACCAGACAGAGCGCUCGUGAUGGCGAGGCAGAACCUCUGGCCCCGAAAGAACCGGCGGGAAACAGCACCGUCAGUACUGCGGAGAUCGUGGCUUACCACUUGAAUGACGUUUAAAUGAUCAUUAAAUGACUGAGUGAGUAAUUGAAUGAGUGGAUGGUAAGUGAGUGAGUGAGCGAGUGGGCGAGUGAGUGAAUGAGUGGGUGAAUGGGUGAGUGAGUGCGUGACUGCGUGAGCAAGCAUUUUCUAAGUAAAAAAGAACAACGAACAGAAGAAGGAAGGAAAUGAUAUGCCGGCGAAUGAAAGAUGAAUGGUUUUGCCCACGCUCGAGCAUUUUACAGUACCUAUACACAAAAUUUUGGAGGUGAAUGAGAAUGAGAUUUUUACAGGUUGGAAUUUGGAAGGUCAUUUCGGAAGCUUGAAUUACCGAAUAUAUAGGUGUAAGUAAGUGAAAAAUGAAAGUGUGUUAAAAGAAUGAAAGAUGGUCGCGCUUAUUCUAAUGCCCUGUGCAUUCUGAUGUGAUUUCAGUUAAGCUCCCUCAAGCGCCUUGCAACACUGUGCUUUUCAUUUCAUUGCCGAGUAUGACAAGUCAGCAUAAAUCUAUCAUUUUUAGGAGCACAAUGCACAUGUACAAUGU